AAGCAGAAUAAUCUCAGGGCCUGAGCUGUGAAGGUUUGACUUUACUACGGCUGGAUGUGUUUUAUAAACUUGUUGAUGAACUACAGACAAUAACACAAAGAUCUGUUUGUCGAUGAAUCCCUGGAAACACAAGCAGUGACAAAGGAAAACUGAAGAAAAAAGUAAAAGCAGCCAUGAAGGUCCAGAAUGGAUGGCGCUGCUCUGUGUUCUUUCUGCUCUACAUGACGCACGUCGCCUGGACACAGAGGUUUGACGUCAUUGGACCUUCUACUGACAUUUUUGCUCUUCUUGGUGAAGAUGUCACCCUACCUGCCUCACUCUCACCACCUCUCAAUGUUCAGCGGUUUGAGGUGAGGUGGGUUCAAAAUGACUUGUCUUCUGUGGUACUCUUAUACUGGAAUCUUCAAAUUAGACCUGAGCGUCAGAUGCAGACCUAUAAGGGGAGGACCGCACUUUUCCCAGAAGAACUUGUGAGUGGAAACGUGUCUCUGAGACUCCAGGAUGUCCGUGUUUCUGAUGGUGGCCUCUACAGAUGUUUAGUGACCUCUGAACGAUGGAAUGAGGAGACUCACCUCACUCUGAAUGUUGAAGUCGUUGGCACUCAGCCUUCCAUUUCCAUCAGCACUACAGAAGACCAACAGACCAGACUGGAGUGCAGCUCUGAGAAGUGGAGCUCUCGACCUGAAGUCACUUGGAGAGACAUGAACGGGGUAGAUGUGACAUCACAGUCCAUCUUAACAGUACAACGGGAUGAUGAGGGUCUCCUCAGGGUGAGCAGCAUCAUCCCCAUCAAGUGGGAGUUCAACGUGUUCUCCUGUCUGAUGAGAAGUAACACAACCAGACCAGCCUAUCAGUCCAAAAUGGGGGUCUACGUUUUCUCCCCAAACGUCUCUGGCUGGUCGGUGGUUUUUUGGUUAUCGAUGGCUCUUUGUGUCACAGCGACUGUGCUGCUCAUAUUGAAAUGGCGAAGAAUGAGAGAUAAAAGAGCAACAUACAAGACCAAAGCAGUUGACAUUCUCCCUGUCUGGAACCUGCGUAAAGAAAUUGAGAUGGCACAGCAUCCAGCUUUGACUCUGACGUUUUCUAAAGUUAUUAAUGGAUUCUCACAUGAAGAUCUCCUCAAGAUCACGGAGUACUACAAGCCCCAGCUGGCCUAUGUGAUGAACUUCGACAUCAGCAGCGUCCUGCAGCUCCUGGUCACCAAGCGCAUCCUCACCAAUGAUGAGGCAAAGGUGGUCAAAGUCAAAGAAGAGUCUGAGGGGACACCACGUGUGGAGUCCUUCAUUGGUCAGGUGAUGAAGAAGGACAGAGCAGUUCUGGUCAGCCUGUGGGAGGCACUGGCUGAAGAAUUUGUGAGAUGUCCGUCACCAAAUGUGAAAGGAAUCCUGAAUGAGGUGACCAAGUGGGGACCAGACCUCUUGAAGGAGAUCCAGGCCAGUGCCCAGUCACCUCCCCUUGAGCCUCAUAUUAAAGACCUCCAUGAGACACACAGACUCACUGUGUCUGAAUCCACAAGACCCCUGGAUGAUCAGCGUCCAUCUGGAGAUCCACUCACUAGCGCGGUGGGCUUUGAGGCUCAAUACACAGAGCUGAUGGUCAUCAAACAGGACAUUAAAGAUGAACUGGCAAAGGAUGGGAAGACUCAGGAAAGACUUGAGGAAGAGGGAGCAACAAAGAACUGUGAGCGAGUCUGGACUGAGCAUCUGUUUAAGAGAAGACCUAAAAGUAAAACACCCUCUAAAAUCAUAGUGGUCAGUGGGGGUGGCAGGCAUCGGGGAAGACCACCAUGGCCCAGAAGAUCGUGUCUGACUGGGCCAGAGGCACUCAGUACCAGAAGUUUGCAUUUGUCUUCCUCUUUAACUUCAGGGAGCUCAACCUCCUAGACAAUGAGACACAGAUGUCUCUGACCACACUGAUUGAAAGGCACUAUAAACAUCCUCACUCAUGACAAACUAAUAGAAAUCCUGCAGAAACCUGAAUCUCUGCUCUUCAUACUUGAUGGACUGGAGGAACACAAACACAAACUGGACUUCACAGACACUCAGCUCUGCUCAAAGCCAGAUGAUGAGGUGCCUGUCCCACAUCCUGGUCACCAGUCUGGUCAGUCAGACAUUACUGAAGGGCUGCUCAGUCCUGAUAACAAGCAGACCAACAGCUCUGGGGUCUCUGGACAUGGAGAGAGUUGAUGGAUUUGUAGAAGUGGUAGGAUUCUCCCCUGAACAAAGACUGAUGUACUUUAGGAAGUUCUUUGG